GACAAUAUUGACAUUUUUUAGUUUUAGUAUAUCGCUUUUAAAUUGUAUUGAAUGAUGAAUGCUGUAGAAUUUUAUUCAAAAAGUACUGGAAACCAUUUAUAAUUGACUGAGUUCAUAUCAAAAUGGCUUAUUUUCACUAUCGAUGCGGAGAAAGGAUAACUUUAAUUAAUGAAAAUUGUACUGCUAUCAGAAAUGAAAGUGAAUUUGAUCAUGGUUUGGUCAUAUCCGCAGAACCGUUGGUAAACGAUGUUCUUUUUGAAAUAAAAAUCGACAAGAAGGUAAGCUCUUGGUCGGGAAGUUUAGAAAUCGGAGUAGUUGAUUGUGACCCCUUGCAUUUUGAUUUUCCUCCAUGUGCAUCAAAAAUUCAAACAGGAUCAUGGAUUAUGUCAGGAACAUCUGUGUUUAAAAAUGGAGUUUGCUUGGUGGAGGGCUACGGUAUCGAUUUGGAUAAAUUGAAUCAAGACGAUAGAAUAGGGCUGAUGCGUACGUCAGAGGGAGACCUCGUCUAUUACAUAAACGGAGAAUCUCAAGGCGUAGGUGCCGAAGACUUGCCAGCCGUCGUGUAUGCCAUCGUCGACCUAUACGGAAAGUGCGUUCAAGUCAGUAUAACCAGCCCUGCCUAUCGUGAGCAUAACAAUGAUGAUUGUUUGAGUGGUAGUUCAGUCUUAGCAAUAGACAAUGACAUACUGAAUGUCACUCUAGGUGGGGACUUGAGCGAGUUGAGUAUGAGCAGCAGCAACAGCUUGGAUAUCAGAAUGGAUAUGAAUGUAAGUUUGAGUCUUCCGGAGGAGCCUGUGAGGCAGGACAGGUUGAGGUUCCACGACAGAUGUGGGUCUUUGGUUAAAUUGUCCAACGGAAGCAGAAGCGCCGAACGCCGGCGACCUCUGGAUGAGUUCAACAACGGCGUUGUUAUGACUCAAAGACCGUUACGGGACUUGGAACUGUUUGAAAUUCGAAUCGACCGACUCGUAGAUAAGUGGAGUGGCAGUAUAGAGAUGGGUAUAACAACGCACAACCCCAAUACUUUGGUGUUCCCUGCUACGAUGACGAAUAUGCGGAGUGGUACCAUUAUGAUGUCAGGGUGCGGUAUUCUCACCAACGGAAAGGGUACCAGGAGGGAGUAUGGAGAUUUCAAUCUGGAUGAAUUGACGGAGGGGGAUCGGGUGGGGAUGAUGCGUAAACCCGAUGGUAAUCUUCAUUUCUUCAUCAACGGUUUGGAUCAGGGAAUUGCUGCACAGAGGGUGCCGACCACAGUGUGGGGCGUCAUUGAUUUAUACGGAAUGACAAUCAAGGUAUCAAUUGUCGAAAGAGAUGAACGUGAAGAGCAGAAUCUCAUGACGAGGAAGAACACACGCGAUCAGCAGAUGCUCCUACCCGAACCGCAGCCCAUACAGGAUUACUACGACCGUUUGACAUUCCAUCCAAACUGCGGCACCCAUGCAGAAGUUAUCAACAAUAGUCGCACCGCCCACAGACCCAACGCUGCUGAUGAUUUCAAUAACGGGGUCGUUCUGACCGCGAGGCCCUUGAAGACCGGGGAACUUUUCGAAGUAAGGCUAGACAGGGUUGUUUCAAAGUGGGCAGGUUCAAUUGAAAUUGGGGUAACAACCCACAGCCCUACCGACUUGGAAUUUCCCUUCACCAUGACAAAUGUGAGGUCGGGCACAUGGAUGAUGACAGGCAGCGGUAUAAUGCACAACGGCACUAUAGUUCUAGAGCAGUAUGGGGUAAAUCUGGACAGGCUGCAAGUGGGGGACCGAGUGGGAGUGUUGAGGAAAGAGAACGGCGUUUUGCACUUCUUCGUUAACGGAAUUGAUCAAGGCAGUGCUGCUUCAAACGUUCCCGAGAGGAUAUUUGGAGUCAUAGUUUCAGUUCUGAUUUUUUUUCGGAAUCGAUUUGNCAUAAUGAUAAAUGGGAAGACCAUCAAAAAUAAUUACAAUUUUGAUCUGGACUCGCUCACGUCUGGCGUCAAACUCGGCGUGAUGAGAUCAGCCGACAAGUCAUUGGAGUUUUACAAAAAUGGCGUUCCGCAAGGUGUUGCUUGUAUUGUCCCGCAUGCCAGCAUCUACGCAGUUGUUGAUCUCUAUGGACAAUGUGCGCAGGUCAGCAUUCCCUGUGCUUCUCCCGUGGCUGCAUUGGCGUCCACAGGAAUAGAAAUGUCUCAUCGUUCCGACACGUCAGCGUCUCCCCAGGCGACCAGCGUGGUACAGCCUCCUGUCGAGUCGGAUCUCCACCACUUCUCGGACUUCCACAGCAAAGGAGUGACGCUCGACGAAAGACGCAGACACGCCAUCAGAUCCAAGGACGUCAGCAGCUGCGUUCUUUUCAGCGCGACUCCUCUGGUGCAAGAUGAGAUGUUCGAGAUAUCAGUUAUGAAAAUGUGGAGGCACAUGGCAGGCACCCUGUCCAUAGGAGUUACGGAAGUCGCACCCGCACUGAGUUCCAACAGCCUUUUAAACAAGUGCUACUAUCUCACGGGGAAUGAGUUGCGUUAUAAUAAUAAGAUUCUGCAGUUUUUCACUCCAAGUCUAAACUGGCUGAACUGCGAGGAUCGUAUCGGAAUGCUGCGAACUCAUGAUGGCAACAUUAAAGUUUUCAUCAAUGGAGAAGAGUUGGCAGUUAACUUCCCACCGUUACCAGAUGUCUUGUACGCUGUUUUCGAUAUGAAAGGAAACUGCUGCGAAAUCUCCGUAACUAGUCACAAGGCUAGCCUGUCUCCUCUGAACAGCGUCAGGCUUCAAGACAGCUUGGAACUGGUUCUGGAGCAAGAGCAGGCGCCCGAACUGGUGGAAACGAGGGAGCACCCCCCCGAACCGGUCGAUACCCCAGCUCCCCAUCCUGCUGUCUAUGAAUUCCACGAAAACCACGGCAGAAACGUCGAGCUACUCGACAGCAAGACGACCGCCCGCAGAGUCGCUUCUUACAAUCAGGGCAUAGCGGUCGUUCAGCCCCCUCUGGAAGCGGGCGCUAAAGUUGAGAUAGCCGUAGAAGUGUUGGAAACCCGGUGGAAGUCUUCGCUCAUCGUAGGUUUGAUUGCCGGAGCGCCCGACAGGCUGAACAUGCCGGUGAACGCGCUUGGAUUGAAGGGGCCUGGUUGUGUAGUUGCCAGCGACUGGGUGUCCGUUAACGGAGUGAAGUCGAAUUCCAAUUAUGGCCAGCGACUAGACUGUUUGGUGGCCGGCGAUUCAGUGGGAAUUUCUUUAACCGACUCUAAGAGUUUUCAGUUGUCGAUAAAUGGAAUAGAAGAGGAGCCUCUCGGUUGGGAUUGUCCAGAAGGGCAGUCUGUCUUUGCUGUUUUUGAUCUUUACGGACAGUGUCAGCAGGUUCGAAUUUUGAAUGUGACGCCAGCGAUAGAAGAACCACCAACUCCUAAGUCAGGUAUUGAUUGCGAAAAAGCUGAUUUAGAAUCGUGUGAAAAAGAGAGGUCGGAAACGAAACUAACUCUCCCUAUUCCGUCAGCUAGUACAAGUCUGACCAGCUCAACUGUCGUCAGGAAUUCGCCCGUCGCGACCCCCAUGAAAUUGUGCAGCCAUAAAGAGGAAUGUGAGAGGUUCAAGAAGAAAUUGCUUCUGCCAGAUAUAUAUUUCAGUCCCGAAGAACCAACCUGUUACUGUCAAAAUUGUUAUAAAGUGAAAAGUUCAGAUGCUGAUAAAGACAGUUACAUUCCAGGAUGGGUUAAAUUUCCAUUAGCGAGUGGUGAGAUUGUGUCUACCGAAAAAUGGCACACUGCAUUUUACUUUUGCAAACUGGGCGCUGUUCGAUGUAUUCUGGAUAAAGGACAACCUUUGACUGACGAGCAAGCGAUGUGGUGUAAUUUCAAAGCUCAAAAAUCGGACGACCUACAAAUAGUAUUUUACCCGGUUCCUCCAGUCCAAUGGGGGAAACCGCUUGAAAUCGAAGGUGGAAAAAAGGUUUAUGCUGCGUUUCAACUGUCGGUCAAACCCGGAGCAUAUUCUGUGUUGAAGAAAGGAAAUUUGGUGGAGUGGAGCACUAAAGAAACGGGGGCGAUCGCGAUGAAUGCUCUGCUUUUGAAAAUUGUUUAGAGUGUAUUCCGAAAAGUGGGUGUGAUAUUUUUUUCGUCUCAAGUAUUUUGAUAUUGUUCUGAGAUCAUUUUGAAUUAGCACUGAUUUUAUUUGGUGUGUUUGAGAAAGAAUGAGUGGGGUGGAAUUUGAAAAUUGGUGAACCAAAAGAAUUGAAAUGAGAGAACACGAAAUACUGCAGAAUGCCGACGUUUAAUUUGUAUGGGAGGUGGUUAGAAACGAUAUUGAAUUGUGUUUGAGGAAUUGAGUGAGAAAUAAAAUGGAAUAUCUGUUUUAUCACAUUCAAUGAAUUAUCGAUUAAUCAUAACAAACCAACAAUUCACCUGAAAUUCAACAAAUCGUCUACAAAUUUCAAUAUUUACCAUUCUACUGCAAUAUUUAUUUUGCGUCAUAUUCUUCGGUGGAAAUCAUCUCCCCAUUGAUAAUUCUUUUAUAUUAAAAGAUCAAUUACACUGAUUUUGUAGUGGUCGACUACUGGAAAACUAAAGUGCGGUGACAUCUGUGGUCCAUAUAUCAUAAUGUGGAUAGGCAAACCUUUUUUCUUUUGGACCUUGACUCGCCGUAAUUUCAUUUUCUAGACAUCAACAGAGACCAACAGUAAAAUGUAUUGAAUUUUUAUUUUGUAAUUUCAAUCGAAAAUUGAAUAAAUACUAAACAAUUAA